CCACGUGUGCAGCAGGAGUGUGUGUGUGAUACAGAGCAGCAGAGAUCCCCGACCCAGCAGAGUCCGUUCCGAGCCUGCCCAGCGCUCAUACUCUUCUUGACUCCGGCCAGCAGCCCCUGGGUCCCGACUCCCGGGACAGAUCUGGACUUGUUCCCGUUGCUCGGAGACUCCCGUUAGUGGGAUCUCAGACAGGUGCUGGCCAUGCUGAAGUCCGGAGAGACUGUCGGAUCCGCGUUCUUGAAGGUUGACACGAUGUAUCUGCAGCACUGGCAGCAGCUCUUCCCCCAGAGUCACAUCAAGACUGGAGUUGUGAGUCAUGUGGCCCUUCCUGAGCCCCCCAUGGAGCCUCUCCGCCUGCGCCCGGCAUCCCUCUCCUCGGCCUCUUCCUCUAACUCUUCCACACCCUCUUCUCUGGCCGGAGUCACCCCCAUACCCACAGUUCUCGGGGUCCUACAAAGCGCUGAGGCCGUGGCCCCCCAUAGAAACGAGCUGGGAAUGUCUAAGUGCCUAGAGGAGACCCCCGAGAGAUCCCAGUGCUCCCCGGAGGAUCUGGACUAUUACCUGUAUGGACAGCAACGCAUGGAGAUCAUCCCGCUCAGCACCCCGACCAGCGACCCCAACAACCGUUGUGACAUGUGUGCAGAUAAUCGUAAUGGAGAAUGUCCAAUGCAUGGUCCACUUCAUUCUCUGCGUCGCCUAGUGGGAACCAGUAGCACUGCAGCAGUGGCUCCUCCACCCGAAACUCCUGAGUGGUUGCGGGACCUGCCACGUGAGGUGUGUCUGUGUACCAGUACUGUUCCAGGUCUGGCAUACGGCAUUUGCGCAGCUCAGAGAAUUCAACAAGGAACAUGGAUUGGACCCUUCCAGGGAGUCCUUGUUUCUCCAGACAAAGUGCAGAGCGGGGCUGUACGAAACACACAGCAUCUCUGGGAAAUAUAUGACCAAGAUGGGACUCUACAGCAUUUUAUUGAUGGAGGAGAGCCUAGUAAGUCAAGCUGGAUGAGGUAUGUCCGAUGCGCUAGACACUGCGGGGAACAGAAUUUGACAGUAGUUCAGUACAGAUCGAAUAUAUUUUAUAGAGCUUGUAUUGACAUCCCAAGAGGCACAGAACUGUUGGUCUGGUACAAUGACAGCUACACAUCAUUCUUUGGGAUUCCAUUGCAGUGCAUUGCUCAGGAUGAAAACUUGAAUGUUCCUUCACCAGUUAUUGAAGCAAUGUCACGGCAAGACACAUUACAAUCUUUCAACAAAAAUGGCAAGUUAAGCAGCUCAUUGCAAAGGUCCCUAGUUUUCCCACAGACUCCAUGCAAUAGAAAUUAUUCUCUAAUGGAGAAAUCUGGGCCUCUGGACACAGGAUUUAACCAGAUCAAUGUAAAAAACCAGCGAAUACUUGCCAGUCCUACCUCAACAAGCCAGCUAAACUCAGAAUUCAGUGACUGGCAUCUUUGGAAAUGUGGACAAUGCUUUAAGACUUUCACCCAACGAAUUCUUCUACAGAUGCAUGUGUGCACCCAGAACCCAGACAGGCCUUACCAGUGUGGACAUUGCACUCAGUCCUUCUCCCAGCCUUCAGAAUUAAGGAACCACGUCGUCACCCACUCCAGCGAUAGACCCUUCAAGUGUGGCUAUUGUGGCAGAGCCUUUGCUGGGGCAACUACAUUAAACAAUCAUAUCCGGACGCACACGGGCGAAAAGCCAUUUAAGUGCGAGAGGUGCGAGAGGAGCUUCACACAGGCCACCCAGCUGAGUCGACAUCAGAGAAUGCCCAACGAGUGCAAGCCCAUAACAGAGAGCACAGAAUCAAUUGAAGUGGAUUAACUGAUUGACUGGUUGGAAUUAAACUGCAAGAAAAGUCAUGAUUAAAUGUCACGGACACUUAAGCAAAACCAAAGAUUUCCUCUGAACAACUUUCAAUCAGUCCAAGAAAACCAAAAGCAGUAAUAAAAUAAGUAAGAUGUUAAGAGACAUUGAUCCUGGCAUGGACUAGAGACCAGGAGAGACAUUAUUUAUUUAUGAGUGGGAGUGAAACAUAUUUCAAAGGACAAGGGGACUUAACCUUUUUAGUCCCAUCACACACACACACAUACACAUGCAUAUAUAUAUAUAGCUUUAUUUCUAAAUAUCUUUUUUUAAUGAAAAGAAAAAAUGUUAUUUAAUACCAAAGUGAAGGCUCCGCUACAUUCUCCAUCCUCUGGCAACAUUUAUGGCUAUGAAUGCACAAGGACAAGGCUUUUUUGUAGCAUGAACUCAUUCUUCUCAAAACAGGACUUGGAGAAGCUUCAGACUGGGGAAAGUUCAUUCUGUAAAGGUUAUUUUUCUCUCGACAAGGUGAUGAUAGACACUCACCAGGAUGGGGUGAUGACAGGUACCGUGUCUGAGGUACUGACUCCGAGCCUAAUGACAUUUGACAUCCAUCAUCUACUGAAACUAGAUAUGAAUCAAACUUGCACUUUUCAUGUAAACAGUUUCAUCAACAUUGUUUAUAAUGAUGUAGGAUGAUUUGGGACUAAACAUGUUGCAAUAUUCCAAAAUAAAUAUCUAUAUAAAUAUGUA